UAUGAGCCACUUAUAAUGCCUGAGCCGAUCUCCCUUGUUGCCCCGGGGCAGGUAACGAUGCUGCGCAGGAAGCCGACCCGCCUGGAGCUGAAACUGGACGACAUUGAGGAGUUUGAGAGCAUCAAAAAGGAUUUAGAGGGGCGCAAAAAGCAGCGGGAAGAGGUGGAUUUAUCAGCGACAGAAACGGACGCGGCCGUGGCCCUCAGCAGCGACCCCAAGGGGCGGGAGCAAAGCAUCCACGAGCGGAUUGGCUACAGGCCGCAGCCCAAGCCCAACAGCCACGCCUCCCAGUUUGGCAACUUUGAGUUUUAAGGAGGGGGGGGGGGGGCCCUAUUCUGCAUUGAUUUGUGGGAAACCGAACCUGGGGGGGGUUAUAGUGCCGGAUAUGGACUGAUUUAUUUUAUAUAUUAAAGCAGCAUUUCUAUGGC